AUGGCUCUAAAUAUUCCACCACAAAACACCUUUCUCUACAAAUCCAAUUGGACUCAUGCACUCGAUGAAAGCUUACUCGAAAGCAUCAUUCGCUUGAAGCAUGAACAUGACAUGGCCGGUACUGUCAUUCCCAAGCCCUUCUUCGACAUUGUUGCUGCCUAUAUGGCCUACGAUCUCGGGGUGACCAUGCCGUGGGAAGCUCUAUACGACCGACUGCAGUUCCUAGAGAGUCGAUAUUUGUCGUUCAAGGCUUUGGUGAAGGAGGAUGGUGUAAGGUGGGACGAGCCAAACAACAUCGUUGUGGCCACAGAUGACACUUGGACGACUAUUCUGAAGAAAAACCAACUAGCUGGAGCCUACUAUCGCCAAGCCGAGCCAACCUACUACCAAUUAUACAACAUGUUUGGGCCGAAGGAGGAGAUGCAAGUACAGGAGAACGAGGUCAUAGUCAUCUCAGACACCACUGUCCCAUUGGUUGCAACCAAUCCCGAUGGUCCAGAGGUCGUGGCCGAGACCUCGGAUACAGUCCUUUCACCUGUUUGGCUCAAUGAGCUGAAAUCACGUCGUAAACUUUUCAAUGAUGAUCAAAGCAAUGGAACUCGCGAGUCAUCCAAUGGAAGGCAGACUAUGCCGCCACCGCCGUGCCCACUGAAAAUUCAACGCCGCCCUCCGAUGCCAAAUGCAUCCCCAUGCGGCAGUUCUUGUGCCUCCUCAAGCCCAGGUGGUUGGUGGAAGAACAUGAAUAAUUGA